AUGGUAGGAUUUGGCACUACUAGAAAUUCGUUUGAAUUUCCCAAUGAACCCGAUUCAGCACCUUCAUCUUCAAAAGUAUCAUGGUCCACUUAUUUUGAAGAUAUGAACGAUCGGCAUGGAAUUAAAAUAUUCUAUUAUAUUGUGAUUCCAGCAACACUGUUCUGUCCACAAUUUUUUUGGAAAAGAUUUGGCAGAGCAAAAAUUUUAACUCGAGACAAAUACUAUGAAUAUUUUUAUUUAACCUUAUGGAUUAUAGUCAGCUUCUCAAAUCUAUUUCCAGUAUUUGAAGAGGCGAAUUUAAAUUGUAAUGGUGAUAAAUGGCGGGCCCAAGCUUACAGAUGCAAAGCUUACAUUUCAAGUACAUUUUUUUGUUUUAUUAUGACAUUAACUUGGAUUAUUUCUACCGUUUCAUUAAUUAAGUAUUUGCGUACAAAUAAAGAAGAGAUAGCUAAUAAUAAUAAAGAAGUUGAGGAUGGAAAUGUUUAA